UUUCCUACAAGAAAGAAAAUGGAAUCCGGCGAUCGGACUUAGUUAAAUCGAUCUGUUUUGUCGAAAUUGUUUGAAAAACAGUUGUGUCGUCGGAAUAUAUUGGUGUUUACAUCGCCAAACAGCCAGUGGAUCUUACUGAACAUUGAAGAGCCUCUCGUAGACCAAUCUCCCUCCUUUCUAAAUCAAUGGAAGGGUCUGACAGUGUCGAGCAGGGUGGCAGUGACCAGCCAGAGUCACAGCGCAGAAGGCAACUGGAUCGCCUGGACAGAGAGGAGGCCUUCUACCACUUUGUCAACAAUCUCAGUCAUGAGGACUAUUGUCUUAUGAGAGAUAACAACCUUCUGGGAAAUCCAGGAGAGGUGACAGAAGAUGAGUUGUUUAAUAGACUUCAGCAAAUCAAAGAUGGUCCAGAGCAGCAACAGAAUAACAACCCAGGCACUGAAAGUCAGGAAGACCCAGUCGAACCACCAGAAAACUCUGAGGAUCCUCCUGGUGGUGAUAGCCUCCUGGACUGGCUUAACACAGUGCGCCGCACAGGCAACACGACCAGAACCGGCCACCGUGGAAACCAGUCAUGGCGGGCUGUAAGCCAGACCAACCCAAAUAGUGGCGAUUUUCGCUUUAGUUUGGAGAUUAGUGUGAACCGCAAUCUGGCUGAGCAGCAAGCAGCUGCUGAAGGGGAGCAGGAGGCUAUCGAGCAGCCCCCCGAAGUUCAAGAAGUUGUGGCUAAUCCCGAACCAGCAGUUCCUAUGGAGGCAGAAGUAGUGGAAGAACCAGUGGUAGAAGAAAUGGCUGUCAUCAUGGAACCAGAACCUGAACUAGAAGAGGCUGUUUUGCCAGAGGUUGAGAGGGAACCUCCCAGCCCACCUGCAGCCCAGCCAGAGCAACCACCACCUUGUUCUUCUCCACGAAGAGGACAAAGAAGAGCCCGCAGCCGUAGCCCAGAACCAGAACCACGCAGAACUAGGGCUAGGUUAGCCAGAAGUCGCUCUCCGCUSCGUUUGGAUCAGCUUGAUGGCCUGCCUAAUCCACGACAUCUUUAUACUUCUCAAAGCCCCAGUUCUUCCACAGAUGCCCCKUCUGUGCCUCAAGUAGAGGGCAGUUCUCGGACUCGACAACAUAUUCUUUCAAGGCAAAACCUAYCUGAAAYUGAUGUUCAYCCAUCAAGGGCAGAUGAAGAAURGGUACCAGAGGGCCAGCCCGUCGAACCUCCGGAAGGGGAGUCUGCUGGGGUUGAAGGUGGCGCAGCYGGACGUCGUCCCCCGACUAUAAUGCUCGAUCUUCAGGUGCGCCGCGUGCGGCCAGGUGAAUACCGGCAAAGGGACAGCAUCGCCAGUCGGACCCGCUCUCGCUCCCAGAACUCAAACACAUUUCUUUAUGAGAGUGAGCGUGGUGGAUUCCGCAGGACCUUCACACGCUCAGAGCGUGCUGGCGUGAGGACCUACGUCAGCACCAUUCGAAUUCCCAUUCGAAGAAUUUCAGAUGCAGGUUUGGGAGAAGCAACCUCAAUGGCUCUUCAGUCGAUGAUCAGGCAAAUCAUGGCAGGCUUUAGUGAGCUAGGCUACCUCAUGGAUUCAGACUCAGAUUCCUCAGAUUCAAACCGUGGAACCGGCACGCCUGCAGACUUGGAAACCCUCAACAACCCAGAAGCAAAUAACGUAGACYCCCCUGCUGCUGAUGUGGAUGAACAACCAGUUGCCGCUGGAGUCAGAGGGAGGACAGUUGAGACCGAGAUGGAUGAGGGCCUUGCCACUGGGCCUCAAGGUUCUGGUGGCAGGGCACGGCCCAGACCCCUGAACAACCUCGAGGAGACCAACUCACUGGGUUUCUUUCGACUUGCUCAUUUCUUCUUCCUGAAUGAUGACGAUGACGACCAACCUCAGGGGCUGACUAAAGAGCAGAUCGACAACCUCUCCAUGCGCAGUUUUGGCGAGAGUGAAGCCUUGAAGACCUGUAGUGUCUGUAUAACGGAGUACGCCGAAGGAAACAAACUCCGUAAGCUUCCGUGCUCUCACGAGUACCACGUGCACUGCAUCGACCGCUGGCUUUCUGAAAACUCCACGUGUCCCAUCUGCCGCAGGACUGUCCUGGUCUCAGCCAACUGAGAGAGUGUGAUAUGACCUUUAAAAGACUGCAAACCUUUUCCCUCUAAGUAAAAGUCCAAAUUAUAUGCUUACAACAGAUGUCUCCAUGGUUAAUUUUAUUUUUACAUUAAUUAGUUUGAUCAUAACAUUACAGGUUUACUUUGAGCACUUCAUCUUUUGACAUCAAGGCGCAUUCUCUCUCUAGAUAGAUAUUUACUAUUGCUCUCUAGAUCUUGUACAAGCGAUGCAUGCUGUUGAUGAAUGAAAGCACCCACGCUGUUUUGCAUUACAUCAAACCUUACAUAAGAUUGAUUGAUAUUGCACACCUUUCGGGUAGUUCAGACACUUGAGAUCUCUCUUUUUGUUUUGAAUCUUAAGUAGCAUCUGAUGUACUUUGUAAGUUGAGUUAUAGGCACAGUUUUAAGUAACACCAAUUCAAAGUAUUAGCUGUAAAUAAGCUUGUAAAAAUAAUUUAGACUCUUUGCAUCAGUGAAUUGGUUUUGGUUUGUAAAUUACCUUACAUGAAGCUCUUGGUCAUCAUGGCUGCAGUUACUUUAAAUCAGUUACAAAUAAGUGGCAUCGGUGUGCAUAACAGAGUUCUGUAGAGACUUUGAUGUUCAAAGGUUGUUGCACAAAAUUUAGUUUGCACUUCACAGUAUAACCUGUUUUUUUCCCCUUAAUGUUCACUUAAUCAAAACAAUCUAUUAUGGAGUGCCAGUGUACCAGUAAAAUUCUAAUUGUGCAUUGAAUUCUUAAGGAGAAAAAAGAAGUGUUGUACUGGCAAAAGCUAAACUAAAGCAGUUUUUCAACUUUCSUAAGUCUGUAGUGUUAUUUUUUUUAAAACAUUAAAAAUGAUGCUAAAGGAAUAUCAGAGUUGCAGAUGUGUACAUAUUGAUAAUAAAUGUUGGAUUGUUCUAAAGUUUUGAUUAUUCCCAUUUGAAGUAUUGCAUCAAAUGGCCUGAUUUUAGGAACUUGAAAUAAAGUAAACUUUUUUUGUUGAUCAUACAUGUUUUUCAUGUUGUUAUAAUCCCCCCAAUCCUGUUUUUGCCAUCAGUUAGUCGCUAGAAAUUGGCUUCAGACAGCAACAAACUUCUAAAAUGAGCUCUGAAAAUGUAGGUACACAAAUUCUACAAGUCUCUAACUAACUCAUCAAACCAUGGUUUAGUUUAAACUGUUUGACAUUUAUCAGGUCUGGAUGGAAUUCAUUCUGCAUCAGUAAAAAGACUUUAACUCAACUGCUCUAUGAGCAAAUCCUUCACUGAUGUGCUUUAUGUGCAAAAGUUUAGAGUAUUGGAAUACAAACCAUGAUAUAAAUGUACAAGUAAAUCAUUUAUAAAAUGUUUUUGGUAAAACCUUAAAUGAAGCUGUUUACCCUUUUCAUUAUGUUUUAAAGUUCAGUUUCUUUCGGAAGUUAUGAAGGUUUUAAAUGGUAAACAGGAGAACUGGCUAGAGGAAGAAAAGGGCAUUGCGAUUAAUGUCAUCCUGUCAUGUUUCUCGCUUGUUUCACUAUUUAAUGUCUUAACCACAAUUAUUACUUUUUUUUUUGUGGGACACGAACAUUUAAAUGCAAAAAAAAAAAAAAAUGUUAACCAUAAAUAUGUAAAUGAGUUGUGUGUUUUUCUCUGAGGUCGAGCUUCGGUUUUGGCCUUGUUCUGUGACCCACCCAGUGCAGGAUGUUAGCUGGGUGUUUAAUGAAACUAACCGCUGAAUUAAACAAGUUGUUAUGCUAUGAAAUCA